AUGGAUCCUUUGAAUAUAUUUCCAGGAGAAGUAUUUGAAAAAAUUCUGCUUUUUGUAACUGUUAAAGAUCAGUACUCAGCAUCACAAGUUUCAAAACAAUGGCAAAGUUUUAUUACUGAAAAUGAAUAUCUAUGGAGAAAUCGUUGCUCAGUAUUUGAAAAUAUAAUAAAUAUGAAACCGAAUAACAUGACUUGGAAAGAGACAUUUCAGAAAAAUGUAAGCAAAGAUAGAGUCCUAAAAAAAUGGAAGCAAGGAAACUUUCGAUGCAUACAAAAAUAUGAAGAACAGUUAACAGACUUUAUAUGCAAUCUAAAUGUUGACAUGUGGGGAUACUUACUUGACCUAGAAGAGAGUUACAAUCAAUGUAAGGAAAACCUAAAAAAUCUUUUUCGGCAUAAAGUAUAA